AUAUUUAUAGAACAUUUUUAUCAGGAUUUACGUAAGCGGGAGGAGCAGCAGUUAUGGUUUAUUACGAGAGCCACGAUGUGCUCCGUGCUGUGUGGCGUCUGCUCUCAAAGUGAUAAGUGAAGUUAUGAACUAAGACAAGGCAAGGUCGGACAUCAGACAGAGAAAUGCUAUGCUCCUCUCCACAUACUCGUGAUAAACUUGAUCAUCAAAACUGGGUCUCUCUCUCUUACGCACGAAUUGCGGUGGGAUUAUGGUGAGGUGGGUGACGCUUUCGGGUGGUUUCAUCCAGUGUUCAAGAGUUUACAUAACAUAAUAAUAAUCAUUAUGUAUGUUUUAUAAAUAAUUGACUGAUUGCUUAAUACCCAACGAUAUACAUAACGCUGCAAUGUGAAUUUUGUGAUUGGUGAAACACGUGAAACAAAGAGAUUGUGUUAUCAAUCAAGCCAUUACUCAAUGUUUUAAUUCGUGUUGUAUCGUAAUUUUAAUUGAUAUUAAUAAAAAUUCCAGCCAAAGCAUUCGAUAAAAUCAUGUUCGUUUAUCAUGUGAAAAACAUGUAGUUCUAAUGAAUUCCAUUGUGUAAAGUAAAGGAAUUUAGGGAGAAAUAGUCUCAGUUGGUCUUGCACCGCCCAAUGCGUAGGUAAAAGUUCAAGUCCGGCCGAUGUUGUAAAAUAAAGUAAAGUUCGAUACAGUUAAGAAGUGAGAACCGAAAUGGAUCCCACGACCACACCCCCAUCGAGAUUCUAUGUGAAGGACUACUCUGAGAAAUUUGGUGCAGUCGAGUAUGUAGUGUUUUCUUCAGUUUUGGUAGCUUCCGCCGGAAUUGGAGUGUACUAUGGGUGGAUUGGGCGCAAGAAGGCGCAAACUAAUGACGAGUUCCUGACGGCAGGUAAAAGUAUGCCGAUUCUUCCCGUGGCUUUAUCUUUGAUAUGCAGCUUUGUGAGUGCAAUCACAAUUUUGGGCAACCCUCCUGAAGUCUACUACUAUGGAACGCAAUAUUUGCUCAUUGCAACAGGAUUCAUUCCAAUAACCUUAGCACUUGCGUACAUUUACGUCCCAGUAUUUUUUAGGCUUCAGUUAACGUCGGCCUAUGAGUAUUUCGAGUUACGAUUCAAUCGAGCUAAUCGAAUGGUGAUGUCAGUCAUUUCGGUCAUAUAUUUGAUUCUCUUGAUGUCGGUAUGGGUUUACGCUCCAUCCUUAGCAUUGAGCCAAGUGGCAGGAAUAAAUACAUACUUAUCAACUGGACUGACCUUUGUUGUCUGCAUUUUCUAUAGUUCUUUGGGUGGUUUAAAAGCUGUUUUAUGGACGGAUGCACUUCAGGCGACAUUGAUGCUUGUUAGCUUAGCAGCGGUGGUGGGGAAGGGGAUUACUGACGUUGGAGGCAUCGGCGAAGUUUGGGACAUUGCAGAGCGAAAUAAUCGGGUCGAAUUCUUCAACUUUGAUCCUGACCCACGAGUUCGUCAUUCCUUCUGGACGGGGACUGUGGGGGGUUACCUCAUGUGGAUACCUUUAUAUGCAGCCACACAAAGUCAAAUCCAGCGUUACCUCUCAGUUCCAACAUUGCAGAAAGCUAGAUUAACACUUUUCAUCAAUAUGAUCGGAUUGAUUCUGAUCAUUGUUCUCUGCUUCCUUGCUGGACUUGUGAUUUAUGCCAAGUAUCACAUGUGCGAUCCAAUUAAAACUAACGCAGUGGAAACAUCAGAUCAACUUUUGCCACUCUUCGUGAUGGAAACGUUGGGUGACUACCCAGGACUCCCAGGAAUAUUUGUUGCAGGGAUUACUGGAGCGAGUUUAAGCUCAGUAUCAAGUGCGUUGAAUGCUCUGUCGGCUAUCAUAACGGAGGACUACGUCAAAAAAUGGAGGCCCAACUAUAAAGAUGCUCAGUUAGCAAGAAUCUCAAAAAUAGUUUCCGUCGUAGGUGGAAUCUUGUCGUUUGCAUUUGUGUUUGUCGCUGAACUCAUGGGCGAUAUCUUUCCGAUUGCAUUGACGAUGGUGGGAAUGUUUCUGGGACCUACUUUGGGUCUUUUCACUUUGGGCAUGGUCUUCCCGUGGGCAAAUGCUUGGGGUUCGUUGGCUGGUCUAAUUUCUGGGAUCGUAUUGGUUUUGACAAUAAGCGCAGGAUCAAUUAUCGACUCGGACAGUAUUCCAGAUCAGAAGCUGCCUGUGUCGACGGAAGGGUGUCCAUUCUACAACGAGACGGAUCACAUCAUUUAUCCGAAAGCAGACGUAUUCUCAUCCACAAGUUGGAAAGACGCCGAAUAUUCCCCAUGGGUCAAGAUCAUUUCUUUAGCACCAACGUGGUAUCCGGGGCUUGGUCAGUUGUCGACCAUUUUCUUCGGACUUAUAUUUUCAAUGGUGUUUUUAAGGUUUCAAAACGUUAAGCCAGUGAAACGCGAGUAUUUGAAUACGUCCAUUCUCCGCCUCUAUGAAUGGGGGUUACCUUCGUAUUGGAUAAAAGGCUGGGUAGAACCUUUGGAACUAAACCUCAAAGAAAAUGCAGUGGAGAGUGACAAUAAUAUACGAGUGUGAUACUAUUUAAUUUUUACUUUCUUGCCCUUCCUACCUGGAAAUGAUAAAUGAUGCUUGAAAUGGUACAUCCCUGUAAAGCAAAACUCUAAACACGUA